AUGACACAAAAAACUUCAUUUCUUCUCAUUCUAACCACCCUGCUCUUCUACACUACCUUAGGAGCUCAAGAUCGAGCGCCUCACGGGCUAGAUCACGAGAACUUAAUAGCUUUAUCACCAUCCGCUUAUAGUUUCUUUCAUCCUAAUGAACAGCUGGGACUUCAACUGCCAUGUGAAGAGUCUAACUGCUCACCAUUGCCUCUAGCUGCUACAGUUCAGUCAACUUUAGCACAUGAAAGCAGAGCGGGCCAGGCCAAAGUCGGAGCCGGAUGCAUUGCAGCCAUCAUUUUUGGUUUUGUAUUCCUAAUUCUCCUAGCCAUGGGUGCCUACUAUGUGGUGACCACCCGCCGCAACAAUUUGCGAAAAAACAAUAGUACAGUUAUACCAUCAGCUUAA